UAAAAAAUGUCUAAUCACAAUUUAAAUAAUCCUAAAAGUGAUAAAGAUAAAGAGCCGGGAUUGAUAUCUUGUCCUGUAUGUAAUCGAGAAUUCCGAAAUGAAGCUAUUGAGAACCACGUUAACAAAUGCUUGUUUUUAUUAAAUUCCCAAAUGGAAAAAACGUUUAAAAGGGAUAAUUCACAUUUAAAAGAAAAUCAGUUUUCACCAAAGCGAUUAAAAGUAGAUUCAGGAAUAGAAACAAAUUUAAACAGCAAAGACAUUACAAAUGAACCACAUGCAUCAAGUUCUAAGAAUCCUUGCAAAACGAAAUCACAAGAAGGAAUCCCACUAGCCGAACAAAUGAGACCACAACAUUUGGAUGAUAUAGUUGGCCAAAUAGAGGCUUUUGGACAAGGGUCAAUGUUGCGCUCUAUACUAGAACAGAAAAAGAUUUCCAAUAUGAUUUUAUGGGGUCCACCAGGUUGUGGAAAGACAUCAAUUGCUAAUGUUAUAGCACAUAUUUGUAAGGAAAGUAGCAAUUUAAGAUUUGUUAAACUAUCAGCAACUAUGGCAGGUGUAAAUGAUGUAAAAGAAAUAGUCAAAAUUGCUAAAAAUGAAGCACAGUACAAAAGACAGACAGUGCUUUUUGUGGAUGAGAUACAUAGGUUCAACAAAUUACAACAAGAUAGUUUUUUAGCACAUGUUGAGAAUGGGACAUUAAUUUUAAUUGGAGCGACAACAGAAAAUCCAUCAUUCAGUUUAAAUAAUGCUCUUUUGAGUCGCUGCAGGGUAGUUGUCCUAACAAAAUUAACUGUUGAUAAUAUAUUACAAAUCUUAAUUAGGUCUGUAGUAAGAAAUAAGUUAGCUGUACUUGUUGAUGCAAUUGAAGAUAUAAAAGAAGAUAUUAAUGAAACAAAAGAUAUACCAAUAAUUGAAAAUAAAUCACUACAAUGGUUGGCAGAAGUUUGUGAUGGUGAUGCAAGAAUUGCCCUUGGUGCUCUUGAGCUAGCUAUCACCGCUGCCAGAGCACAGGUAAAAAUAAACGAGAAUGUCUCACAAGUUAUCACUUUAAGCGAUCUGCAAAAUGGGAUAAAGAGAUCACAUGUCCUGUAUGAUCGUCAAGGGGAAGAACAUUAUAAUAUAAUAUCUGCAAUACACAAGUCCAUUAGGGCAAGUGAUGACAAUGCAGCAUUAUAUUGGACUACUCGAGCUCUUCAUAGCGGCGAGGAUCCUCUCUAUAUAGCGCGACGACUAAUUCGUAUUGCAUGUGAAGAUAUUGGUCUUAGAGAUCAAAAUGCAGUUGUCGAAGCUGUGGCUUGUCUUCAAGGAUGUCAACAUAUAGGAAUGCCUGAAUGUGAUGUUCUUUUAGUACAAUGUGCUGUUAGUUUGGCCAGAGCGCCUAAAAGUCGAGAAGUAUAUGAAGCAAUGAAGAGAUGUCAGGCAUUUUUGAAUGAUACAAAGGGUAGCUUACCAUCUGUUCCCUUACACUUACGGAAUGCACCUACAAAACUGAUGAAAUCACUAGACUAUGGCAAAGGCUAUAAUCUUUUGCACAAAAAUGAAUCUGGCUUGAAUUAUAUGCCUGAAGGCAUGGAAAGUAUAAAUUUUUUUCGGGAAUUUUAAAAUGCAUCAUAUAUUAAUCAUUUCUCAUUCAGGCUGCAAGAUUUCACAGUGUGAUGAUUGAAUUUUAUCAAGGAAAUAAGAUUAAAAAA